CGUCAUUAUCAAAAAAACCGAGGAAACUCUGCGAUCAUUGUGCAACACUGGAGCCGAAAAUCUGCCGAGGUUGCUGUUGGUGCUGCACGAUUGCUAUUAUCGUUUAGAUUAAGAGCCUGAAGAAAAUACUGAAUGCAUUCGGAAUAAUAGAAGCAGAGGGGUGAAUCCCCUGUGUUUGCUGAGCAUGAGUAUGGAGGAUUAUGACUACUUAUUCAAAAUUGUGCUGAUAGGGAAUGCAGGAGUGGGCAAAACCUGCCUCGUCCGACGCUUCACUCAGGGGCUGUUCCCUCCUGGACAAGGUGCCACCAUUGGAGUCGAUUUUAUGAUCAAGACUGUGGAAAUAAAAGGGGUGAAGGUGAAGCUCCAGAUCUGGGACACGGCCGGGCAGGAGAGGUUCCGCUCAAUUACCCAGAGUUACUACCGCAGUGCCAACGCCCUCAUUCUCACCUACGACAUCACCUGUGAAGAUUCCUUCCGGUGCCUUCCUGAGUGGCUGAGGGAGAUCGAGCAGUAUGCCAACAACCAAGUGGUGACAAUCUUAGUAGGGAACAAGAUAGACUUGGCCGAUAAGCGAGAAGUCCAUCGGCAGCGAGCGGAGGAGUUUGCGGAGGCACAGAGCAUGCUGUACCUGGAGACCUCCGCCAAAGAAUCGGACAACGUGGAGAAGCUCUUUCUGGAUCUGGCCUGCGAACUGAUCCGCGAGGCCAAGCAAAACACAUUGGACAACAACGACUCCACCCCCAUGCCUGGAGAAGGGAAAAACAUCAAUUACUUGAGUUGCUGCAGCAUGAACUAAGUAGACUUGGCCUCCAUGUCUGGCUGAGGAGGACGCAACAUGGAUUGCAUACAAAGUGGUUGUAUUGUUGGUGACCACUACGUAGUUGCAGUGGUUCCACUAUGCCACUGUUGUUGACGUCUACUUCUUUUACCCUUCUUAAAUCCCUGGGUAUUUUAAAACUUGUAUUCGGGAAAAACAUGAUAACAAGAUGAUGCUGCUUUUAAAGAGGUGGGUCUGAAGCUUCUAGAUGCUUUUGGACAAGAAAAAGGGCCUCGUUACACAAUAAUGCUUGCUAGUAGGUCAGACAAUGAGAUUUUCUACACUUCUAUACAAUGCAACAGUUGGGAUUUCCCUGCUGACUCGAGAGCCAAUGUAUUUGUCAUAUUAGAGAUUUGUUUUCAGCCCUAAUCUCACCCACUUGAAGGACUAGUUCAUCCAAAAAAUGAACAUUCUGUCAUCAUUUAUUCACCCUCAUGUCAUCCCAAACCCUUAUUACUUACUUUCUUCUGUGGAACACAAAAGAAGAUAUUUUGAAGAAUGCUCCUGCUGCUCCCUUCCCGAAUGAAAGCAUACUGUGACCAAAGCAGUCCACAUGACUUGUGCGCUAUAUUUCUUCUAUAAGUCUUCUGCUAUAUUUCUAUAAGUCUUCUGAAGCCAUAUGAUGCUUACGGUUUGGAAUGAAAUGAGGGCGAGUAAAUGCUGAGAGAAUUUUCAUUUUAGGGUGAACUGCUCCUUUAAGACUCAUUGCCACAAAACUGGUGUGUUGACAUGCACAUAUAUUACUCGCACAAAAUGCACUUCUUGAUUGCUUGCGAGAUCAUUUGAGGUUGCUUAUGCAUGCUUUUUUUAAUGAAGAAGUCAACAAUGCAAACAGACAGCCAGCUACCUUCAAUAAUCUGUGACAGGAAGAUGUGAAGUAAAACACCCUCAUUUAUUACGCAGAGAAUAUAAAACACCCUUACUGCUCGGAUGGAAGUCUGGCUGUUAAUACUCAAUGAAGGCCAUGUCAUUUUGAUAAGUCACAGCAAAAACCCAAUGUGCCUCUGCCAUUUCCAUCCUGUCAACAUACAUUACAUAGCACCCCGGGGAAUCUCAUGUUUGGGGCAUAUUUCUCCUAAAAAUAUGACUCAGAUCAUGUCAGUAUAUUGGUCUGGAUGUUUAUUUGUUCUCAUUACUUUAAGAAUAAUUCUCAUUAGAUUCGCAACACAGUUAAUUGGAAUAAUCAUGUCCAGACACUUCUUUUUUUUUUUCUUCACAGUAUAACGUAUUCUACCAUAACAUAUACAUACUUUAAAAGGUGUUUUUUUAUUUUUGCAUUACAGUCACUAGAACAGGUAGGGAAAAUGUGCAUAAUUUUUUAUAGAAAUUAAGCACACUGUAAAAAUGUUAUUGUUCACAAAACAUUUUCUUUGCAAAAUUAUGAUUAAGAUUUCGAAGUGAAAUGCACAACCGUUCAAAAUUUUGGGAUCAGUAAGAUUUGUUCAAAAAGAAAAAAGGUGCAAUGUGUAAAAUUUGGGAGGAGCUAUUGACAGAAAUGCAAUAUAAUAUACAUAACUAUGUUUAUGCAUGUAGUUCAUAAAGACCUUACAUAAUGAGCCGUUAUGUUUUUAUUACCUUAGAAUGAGCCAUUUCUAUCUCCAUACACCACUGGUCCCCCUCCAUGACAAGUCGGCAUUAUGUGCCGGCAUGUUUCUACAGUAGCCCUUAACGGACAUAGACUCUACAGAACGCGUUUCGUCACUAUGUUGCUGUUCUUUUAAAUCGUUCGUGUUUUUAGAGGCAGCUUGCAUCGUCACUACAUUGAAUUCGCACUAAGUAGUAGUAGUCGACUAGUUUAUUAGAAGCAGAGACCGUUUUUUGUUAGAAGUAAGAAGAAACAUCAUUGCUUCACACAGCUAUUCUGCUGUCUCAGUCGACGAUGUCAGACAGACGGCCACCAUAGCUUCCUUAAAGGAACACUCCACUUUUUUUGAAAAUAGGCUCAUUUUCCAACUCCCCUAGAGUUAAACAGUUGAGUUUUACCGUUUUCGAAUCCAUUCAGCCGAUCUCCGGUUCUGGCGGUACCACUUUUAGCAUAGCUUAGCAUAGUUCAUUGAAUCUGAUUAGACCGUUAGCAUCGCGCUUAAAAAUCACCAAAGAGUUUAGAUAUUUUUCCUAUUUAAAACUUGACUCUUCUGUAGUUAAAUUGUGUACUAAGACCGACGGAAAAUAAAAAGUUGUGAUUUUCUAGGCUGAUAUGGCUAGGAACUAUACUCUCAUUCUGGCGUAAUAAUCAAGGAACUUUGCUGCCGUUCCAUGGCUGCAGCAGUGCAAUGAUUUUACGCAGCACCCGUGAGCCCCUACUUGCACAGGGAACGUGCCUUGCAACCAUGGAGACGUUUGUGAGAGAAGCUGCAUAAUAUCAUUGCGCCUGCUGCACCCAUGAUACGGCAGCAAAGUUCCUUGAUUAUUACGCCGGAAUGAGA